GCUCCGAAGUGCUGAAACCAUCUGCGAACACCACAGAGGCUCUAACGCCACACUCAUCUAACCAAAAAAAAAAAUAUAUAUAUAUAUAUUACACACAAACAUAAUGGAGGGGAUCUCUCGGAAACUUUUUUUACUUUCUUUCUUACUCCUGGAAGGAGCUACCCAAGAUUUCGGGCAGACACAGUUCAUUUGCACGUCCGUGCCCAAGGAUAUGGACUUAUGUGCAGCCACUUUACAAAACAGCGGACCAGGGGAGGAUUUGAAGACCACGGUCAUGCAGCUGAGGGAGACGGUGCUCCAGCAAAAGGAAACCAUCAUGAACCAAAAAGAAACAAUCAGAGAACUGACUUCAAAGUUGAGUCGAUGUGAAAGCCAGAGUCUGCCCGAGCCCGGGGACGCAAGAGCCGGGGGCAGGAGAAAAGAAACGGGCUCCAAAAAUACCAUGGGGGAUGUAUCAAGGGGUCCCUCGGAUACUCUCGCGCAGCUGGGACAAACAUUACAGACACUUAAACAGAGGCUUGAAAACCUCGAGCAAUUCAGCAGAAACAACAAUUCAGCCCAGACGAACAGUCUGAAAGACCUUCUUCAGAACAAAAUCGACGACAUGGAGAAGCAGGUCCUGUCCCGAGUUAAUACUCUGGAGGAGAACAAGCUCGGUCAGAGGAAUGAGACAGAACCGCGCGGUAGAGUGGAAUCGACCCUCACUUCCCUGCACCAGAGAAUCACCGACUUGGAAAAAGGUCAGAAAGACAACAGACCGUUGGACAAGUUUCAGCUGACCUUCCCUUUGCGAACGAACUAUAUGUUCGCCAAAGUGAAAAAGAGCCUGCCUGAGAUGUAUGCCUUCACCGUCUGCAUGUGGAUCAAGUCUAAUGCGUCUCCGGGAGUGGGCACCCCUUUCUCCUACGCCGUUCCCGGGCAGGCCAAUGAACUAGUACUCAUUGAGUGGGGAAACAACCCUAUGGAGAUCCUCAUCAACGACAAGGUAGCAAAGUUGCCAUUCCUUAUUAACGACGGCAAAUGGCAUCAUAUCUGUGUGACCUGGACCACACGAGAUGGGGUGUGGGAGGCCUACCAGGAUGGAGUAAUGAGGGGCAACGGAGAAAACCUGGCUCCGUACCACCCAAUCAAACCUCAAGGGGUUCUGGUGCUGGGACAAGAACAGGACAUCCUGGGAGGAGGGUUCGAUGCAACCCAAGCGUUUGUUGGUGAGCUGGCGAAUUUCAAUAUCUGGGAUAAGAAGCUUUCUACUGGAGAUAUUUACAACCUGGCAACGUGCAACAGCAAAGCGCAGGUGGGGAACGUCUUCUCGUGGUCGGAGACCAGCAUUGAAGUUUAUGGUGGAGCUACCAAGUGGACAUUCGAGCCUUGCCGUCAGCUCAACUGAACUGCAGAACCGCAAAGAAAAAAGCCAAGCAGAAAUGCGUAUUUCCAAGCCUCUGUCGGUCUAGUCUUCAUUUUAACGUUAAUUUAAAAAACUGAAACAUUUAUUAAAUAUAGCGCAAAACUGGGAUUUCUAUAAAUAUUUAAAUAUUUAUGUGCAAAACACUAAAAUGUUUUGGUCUUGAUUUUUUUGUUUCGUUUGUCUUGGAAACGUCAGUGGGACUGUGUUGGUAUUGAUUUCUUUUUAAAUCGGAAUUUCAUUUGCAAGCGCGUUGUUUGGCAGGCCCUUCGAGCUGCUCUUCGCUUAUUUUCUCCUGGAGCGGCAGCUGGGUAAUUGACGCCUUACGUGGGACAGUAACUAUUACAGCACACUCUGGAUUAACGUCGCUCCCUCUGAAAGUGAGCAUCAGGCAAACAGUCCUGGCACUAUUAUUUGACUUGUAAAAUUAGUCGGCUAAAAUUCUUGACCGCUCCCCACCCCCCUCCACCCCCUUUCCCCACUCCUACCUGGAACUUGCACUGUGACUAACGUGUGAAUCAGAAAUAGUACGGUAUGCGGAAGGGUAAACAAGCAAAGAGAGACUGUGAUUACUGUUGUCGUUAUCAUUAUUUGCUUCAAGUGUUUCUGUAAGAAUGUCGUUAAUUGCCAACAUGUUACGAGCCUGGGUGCCUUGGGCUGGUGCAAACAUUCAGCACAUUCGUUAUCAUUUGCGGAUAAUUUGUACUCAUUAAUUUUAUUUGUUUCAUUCGUUUAUUUUGGAAGCGAAAAAUUCUUCUUAUUCUAUUAAAUGUAUUUAAUAGCAAUUUGUUCAAGAACAUGACGUGUUUUGGCAGGUGUUUGUAUUCUGUAUUAGGAAUGUUAUCUGUACAGUAACAGCAUGGAAGACAAAAUGCUGCAACAGCAUCAAUGCUUUUAUUAUCCCUCUGGGUUGGGGUUUUUUACUGUAUUGUUAUAUGCUCAAAGCAUGGCGACACUCAAAGACUCAAAAGAUCUAAUUUUUGUAAUAAAAUUGUGAUAUAUAAUACCCUGA